UGGGUGCUGAAAGAGUAUAAUCUGAGACGACAUUAUGAAACGAAACACGCGGACAAAAACAAGAAUAUGGACAUGGAACAAAGGCUACAAAAAGCAGAGGAAUUAAAACGAGGCCUCAAAUCUCGACAGGCUCUGUUCAAAAAAGCCAAAUCACAAGGCCAGGCUGCUGUCAAGGCCAGUUUUAUUUUGGCAGAAGAGAUCGCUAAAUCAGCCCGGCCAUUUACGGAGGGAGAUUUCAUCAAAAACUGCAUGAUUAAAGUUUGUGACGAAGUUUGCCCAGAAAAAAGGCAACUCUUUUUAAAUGUGAGUCUGAGCAGAAACACCAUUGCCGAGAGAGUAGACCAGUUGUCCAUCAAUCUAAAAGAGCAGCUUGUGAAAAAGGGAAAAUAUUUCAUUGCAUAUUCCUUGGCUGUGGAUGAGAGCACCGACAUUUCUGACAUUGCCCAGUUGUCAAUUUUCAUCCGCGGAGUGGACUCCAGCCUAAGCGUGACAGAGGAGUUUUUGGCUUUACGUCCUAUGCAUGGCACAACUACGGGGCAUGAUUUAUAUGAAGAGGUGUCAAGAUGUGUAAAUGAGAUGGAGCUGCCUUGGGAAAAACUCGUGGGUUUGACAACCGACGGAGCACCUGCGAUGUGUGGACACAGGAGCGGACUGGUGGCGAAGAUACGGGAAAAGAUGCAAGAGGAAAACGCGACAGGUGAGCUGACAGCUUAUCAUUGUAUCAUACACCAGGAAGCGUUGUGCGGUAAAGCCUUGAAAAUGGAGCAUGUAAUGAGCAUCAUCACGCGCACAGUUAACUUUAUCAGAGCCAAAGGUUUGAAUCACCGCCAGUUCAAGGCAUUUCUGACGGAGUUAGAAACGGAGCAUGGUGAUUUGCCUUAUCACACAGAGGUGCGAUGGCUAAGCCAGGGAAAGGUGCUUCAAAGAUGUUUCGAGCUUCGUGAGGAGAUUUGUCUGUUCUUGGACAGCAAAGGGAAAGACACAACACAACUCCGAGACGAAAUGUUUCUGUGUGAAAUGGCUUUUCUGUGUGACAUUACGAGUCAUCUGAAUGCAAUGAACUUGCAGCUGCAGGGUCGGGAUCAUGUCAUCUCUGAUAUGUACAGUACAGUGAAGGCAUUUAAAACCAAACUGACUCUGUGGGAGACGCAGAUGCGGAAAGAAAAUUUGAGCCACUUUCCCAGCUGCCAGACCAUGAAAGAGAAGCUCUCUACCAGUGCGUUCCCGAGCGCACAGUUGGCUGAUAAAAUAGGUAUGCUUGCCGCUGACUUUCGACGCCGAUUUGCUGACUUUGAAGCACAAAAAAGCAGGUUGGAACUGCUCGGUAACCCAUUUGCUGUUGACGUGGAAAGCUCACCACCAAACCUCCAAAUGGAGUUGAUUGACCUCCAAUGCAAUGAUGCACUGAGGGCAAAAUAUGCGGCAGUGGGUGCUGCGGAGUUCGCCCGUUUCCUCCCCGACACAAUGCCCCAGCUGCGCAUCCAGGCUGCUCAAACGUUGUCUAUGAGAGUCAUUGUUUAUGUGGCUCGUUGGUCUAGGGGUGUGAGUCAACCUGAUCUUGAGAUGGAACUGGCCGACAUAGCCGACAAAGACAUAUGGGUGUCCAAGUUUAAACGCUUGACAGCAGACCUUGAAGAUGUUGCCCGUCAGAAGGCCGUUCUUGCUCAGAAUCACAAAUGGCGUGAUAUUGAAAACCUCCCCAAAACGGACCAACUUGUGUUCGAAACUUGGAAUGCUAUCCCCGACGUUUAUGUGAACAUGAAAAAGUAUGCACUUGGAGUCCUGUAG